UCCCAGAGCUCCAAUCACCAGUUUCUUCUGCAAAGGCAGUCUCUGCAUUUUUGUCUUUUUCUAAACGCUAACAUGGCGAAAAAAGGACUGAUGUGAAGAAUAAAAGAGACGUAAGAAAUGUGAAAAUACAGCAUUAAGCAUUUUAAUGGAGAGGAGAAGUCCGAUACAGAAGAAGGGGAAUAGGGACUCCUUCGCAAGAGAAAACCUUGGAUCAAAAUGCUGAUAGUGGAAAAGACGACUGACUACCCUUCCACAGAGUUCUCACUGGUGGAGGAUGUUGCCCUCCAUUUCACGUGUUUGAUGGACAGAUUGAACGAGCAGCGUCUGUUUCAGCCCAACCUGUGUGAUGUGGACAUAGUGCUGGUGCGUCAGAAGAACACCUUCCAGGCCCACAAGGGUGUGUUGGCAGCGUACAGCCAGUUCUUCCAUUCGCUCUUCACCCAGAACAAGCAGCUCCAGCGGGUGGAGCUGUCACUAGAGGCCCUCACCUCACAGGGCCUGCAGCAGAUCCUUAACUUCAUCUACACCUCCAAGCUGUUGGUCAACGCCUGCAACGUGCAGGACGUGCUCAACGCUGCCGCCGUGCUCCAGAUGAGUGACAUCGCCACCUCCUGCCAAGAUCUCAUCAGCAGUCGCUCCUUGGUCCUCAGUGCUGACAUGGCCAAGCAUGAUGGCCGUGGAAAUGCCCCCUCCCAGUUCUAUCGGGAGAUCAAGCAAGAGUUGGACCCCCUCCACACCAAGCUCUAUGCCCGAGAGGGUAACAACCCUUACUCUGUACGUGUAGAAGACUGCACUGGGAAGCCACACCCCGUUCAAGCUAAGCAAUACUUUAAGAAGGAGGAGGGCAGUGAGGGUGCUGGGCGCCUUUGCAAGAUCGAGAGCAUUGUGCAGGACUUGGAGGACUCUGACAGCCAUUCCUCCUUCAAUCGGGAGCAGAUCAUCGUGGAAGUCAACCUUAACAAUCAAACGCUGAAUGUUUCCAAGGGAACGGAGGGCAAGACCGCCUCAAAAGAGUCUGCUGCCAUGCUAAGCCGAAGUUGUGGCAAGGAGCAGGAGAUGGAAGAAGACGAGGAGGAGGAGGAGGAGGGCAAUGAGGAGGAAGAGAACGAGGAGGAGGAUGAAGAUGCAGAACUGGAGGAGGAGGAAGAUGAGGAGUAUCAGAGUGAGGAAGAGGACCUGGGUGACUCUAGCGAGGAGGGGGAUGAGGAGGAACCGGAGGAAGAUGGCCAUAACAUUCCAGAGGCAAAAACUGAGAGGCCUCGACGACAGACCAGGGCCUCCAGAGAGACCACGGCAACCGUCUCCUCUCAGCAGACUCUGAGCAUAACCAUGAGGGCAAGCAAAGGCCGGGGGCGCAAGAGAAAGACAGACCAGGAGGGUCUGGGCCAGAAGGUCAAGCUGGAAGAGAAACAGCACUUCCCCUGCAUGAAGUGCCCACGUGUCUUCAACAACCGCUGGUACCUGGAGAAGCACAUGAAUGUCACACACAACCGCAUGCAGAUCUGUGACAAGUGUGGCAAGCGCUUCCUCCUGGAGAGCGAGCUGCUACUGCACCGUCAGACCGACUGUGAGAAGACUAUACAGUGCGUCACCUGUGGCAAGGCCUUUAAGAAGCUGUGGUCUCUCCAUGAGCACAACAAGAUCGUCCACGGCUAUGCAGAGAAGAAGUUCUCCUGUGAGAUCUGCGAGAAGAAGUUCUACACGAUGGCGCAUGUCAGGAAGCACAUGGUUGCUCACACCAAGGACAUGCCGUUCACGUGCGAGACGUGUGGGAAGUCCUUCAAGCGCAGCAUGUCCCUGAAGGUGCACUCGCUGCAGCACUCGGGAGAGAAACCCUUUAAAUGCGAGAACUGCAGCGAGCGCUUCCAGUACAAGUACCAGCUGCGGUCCCACAUGAGCAUCCACAUCGGACACAAGCAGUUCAUGUGCCAGUGGUGUGGCAAGGACUUCAACAUGAAGCAGUACUUCGACGAGCACAUGAAGACCCACACGGGCGAAAAGCCAUACAUCUGCGAGAUCUGUGGGAAGAGCUUCACCAGCCGGCCCAACAUGAAGCGGCACCGGCGGACCCACACGGGCGAGAAGCCGUACCCCUGCGACGUGUGCGGCCAGCGCUUCCGCUUCUCCAACAUGCUCAAGGCCCACAAGGAGAAAUGCUUCCGGGUCAGCAACCCUGCCACCUCGGAGGCGGGCCUGCUAGGCCUGGGCCCCGCCUCCCCGGUCUCCAGCUCUGACGUGGUGGCCAAUCAGGUGGUGCCGGUCAUCUCGCCCAUGACGACUGGGGAGGCCCGCCAUGCAGCCCCUCUCUCCCUCCCCUUCCACCCGAUGGCAGGCCUCCCCCCUCCGUCUCACUUGCCCCCUUUGCCGCCCCUGUUCUCUGCAGGAAGGAUUAACUCAAACGACAAUUAAUAAAUCCAUUUUUUUUCUUAAUGUUUUUCUCGCUAAUUCAAAUCUGGAUCUCCUCUUUGAUUAUUUGCAUUAAGGGAUCGCGAACAACACUAAACACAACCUGAAUAUCAUCAAGUGACAUUUUCCCCAUCUGGGGUCCCACUUGCAUUUGUGACACCUGCCCUGAGAAUAUAUCACAUAUACAAACAUAUACAUACCGACUUUUAUAGAAAAUAUAUUGAAAUAAUCAGACCUUUAAUCCUUUUUUUCAACAUCGUCCCUUUUCUUUUUAACCCACAAAUAUAAGCUAUAGUUUAAUGCCAUUCACUGGUCAGCUUGUGUUUUUUUUGUGUGUCAGUCAUCCUGGUAACAGGGAUUUUUCUUUGAAUGAAUGGAAAACAAGAUGGAGACCAUAUUUUUUGAGUUUUCCUUUCUGUUUCCUUCCUGUUGAUGCCUACGCAAGCCUUGGCCUCCGGCACACAAGCCCGCAAACAUACGUCUUCCUCUUCCCCCCCCGUUUGGUCUGAUUGGUUUCUGCCAAAAAAACGAAAAGUGUUCUGGUUGUUUUUGGGUAAAUGUUUUUCCUAAUGGACAGAAACACUCAACUUGUCCUUUGUGGUUCAGCCAGCCGUGUACGCAAACAGUCAAAGUGCAGCAGCAUUAAUGUGAAACAAAUGGAUUCGUGUCUAUUUCAGUUUUCGGUACUGGAAUUAUAUCGCCUAAUCUUUUGCUCCAGUUAUUAAAGAAAAAGCGGUACUUUAGUAUAUUUUGUAUUAAAUUGCAAUAACUACAUAAUAUGUGCUUAUUUUGCUGGACAGUACAGUUUUUAUUAAUUAUUAUUCAAUACCCUUUAAAUGCUCCAUACUGACACGUCACUUAUUUGGCAUAUUUUCUUACUUUAAUUCUGAUUUGUUGGCUGUUGGACUGUUUCUUCCUUGUAGGCUUGACGUUUUUUUCUGGGUAUCGCAGUGCAAGUAUCCGGGAAAGAGAACGGAGGGCAGAAUUGAUUCAGUGUAGCGCUAUGAUCCUUGGGGGGGGUUUGUAAAAACUGCAGCCACUACACUCAGCCGUCUUUGGUAGCUGAAGCUUGACCGCGCCAAGCCACUCCAGCUUCCAACCAUAGCCAGGCUGACGUUUAACUUUUUUUUCUUGGCUUAUGUUAAGCAAUUGUUCCUUUUUUGUUUAAUUUGUUAAUCAACUUGGCACUUUUUAAAACCUUUUCGUGGCUGUAACACUUAAAGAGAGUUUUAUUUCCUAAAGGGCUCGAUACCCCUUUUAUUUAAAUCAGACAAUAAAGAUGCCGGUGUGUCUGUAGGGCAAUCGGCUCUUAUUUAACCUUGAAGUCAUAAGUAAGAAAUAAGUAGCAUUGACCCUGACAUCUUAUGCUCUUACAAGCGUAACAUGUGCUUCUCUUACUUUUGAAAUUUGUAUGUCGAUGCAGUGAAGUUUAACGGCACUUUAGCCAGCUGGCAGAGAUACGAAAUCCCUGGGGUUAAUUAGUAGGCCUAUUACCUUUUCCGUAGGAUGGGGGGGGGGACGGUAGGGAGGAUGUAUUAUCUGUUCCAGGGCUCUUCAAAUCUGGCCCUCGAUUCCAAAUCCAGGCCUUGUUUUCCAUUCUCCCAGGUAGUUAGUUUAAUAAUUACUGAUUCUGAUUGGCCAGAGGCUUCACACCUGGCUCACAUAUAAAGGAAGGCUGGAAAAUCAGCAGGACUCGGACCAUGAGGGCUGUGACUUAAAUAGCCCUGAUGUAUUCUGUUACAUAUUUUGUUUCCCGAGAUCAGGUCCUAAGGAUGUUGCAAAAUGCUUCUUGUUUAUAAAGUGUUCUUAAAUUAGCAUCGCUUACCAUUUUAGUCACUUAGAAGAAAAUAUGCAUUUUGUUUCUAAUAUCCAUAAAGCAAAGGUGGGCAAUUCAGGUCCAAAGAGUAAAA